AUGCAGAGAACCGGGCCACUCUUGGUCAAGUACGGCGGCUCGACUCCUCUGGGGACCCUUCCCACGGCAUUCAAAUCAGCGGUCGAGACGGUCAGCAAAACCAUCGAGGGCGACAUAAGUCCAAAAUCUCAACAUCUAGUUUUCCUGCAAAUCCUGAUUUUUCGACAUAGUAUCCCAAGGUCACAGAAGCCAGAAUCCAGCUCCGUUCCUCACAAGUCUCACAAGGACAAGGACGAUGACAAGGACGUGAUCACCGUAAGCUAUCACACAGAGAAGGGAACCCGUGUUACCUCGGUCCAUGUUCACGAAGACAACACCUGGAAAGAAUUCCCGUCUCGCAACGCCAGCAAGGGGAGGUGA